AUGCGCGACAAGGACGAAGAAAUCGGCCAGAAGCCUCGCAAACUCGGCGUUACGUGGCAAAACCUUACCGUCAAAGGCAUAGGCAGCGACGCAGCCUUUAACGAAAACGUCGUCUCCCAAUUCUACCCUUUUCAUCAGAGUGCUGAAGAUGCUCCUAUGAAGACUAUAAUUGAUGGCUCUUACGGUUGUGUCAAGCCUGGAGAGAUGUUGCUUGUUCUUGGACGCCCGGGGAGUGGGUGUACUACGCUCUUGAGUGUUCUUGCGAAUAAUAGAAGGGGUUAUAAGGAGGUUACGGGAGAUGUUCAUUAUGGUAACAUGUCUGCUGAAGAAGCUAAAGCUUAUCGAGGACAAAUCAUCAUGAACACUGAAGAAGAGAUUUUCUUUCCCAGUUUGACAGUCGAAGCAACCGUCGAUUUCGCUGCUCGGAUGAAAGUCCCCUUCCAUCUCCCCCCCGGUAUCAAGACCCGCGAAGAAUACGCCCAAUUCUACAAAGAUUUCCUCCUUCGAUCCGUCAACAUCUCCCAUACAGCACACACCAAAGUCGGCAAUGCUUUCAUCCGUGGUGUUUCCGGCGGCGAGAGAAAACGCGUUUCGAUCGUUGAGUGUCUUACUACGCGAGCAAGUGUCUUCUGUUGGGAUAACUCUACCCGCGGUCUUGACGCCAGCACUGCGCUAGAGUGGGUACGAGCUAUAAGAGCCAUGACGGACAUUCUUGGUUUGACUACUAUCGUGACGCUGUAUCAGGCUGGAAAUGGGAUUUACGAGCAUUUUGAUAAAGUUCUUGUUCUUGAUGAGGGGAAGCAGAUCUUUUAUGGGCCGCAGAGAGAAGCUGUUCCGUUCAUGGAGGAUCUUGGAUUUGUGAGAGAUUCGGGAUCCAACCGGGGUGACUUUCUCACAGGUGUUACUGUUCCGACGGAGAGGCGUGUUGCGCCGGGGUAUGAGAAUACGUUUCCUCGUGAUGCGGAUGGUGUUCGCGCUGCGUAUGAUCGGUCGGUCAUCAAGACGAGAAUGAUAGAGGAGUGUCAGAGGUAUCCUACCAGUGACGAAACAGCUGAGAACACCGCUGUCUUUAAGGAGAUGGUAGCCCGCGAGAAGCAGAGAUACGUUCCUGCUUCCUCCCCUGUCACAGCAAACCUCGCCAUGCAAGUUCAAGCCGCUGUUACUCGACAGUAUCAGAUCAUGUGGGGUGACAAGUCAACUCUCUUCAUGAAGCAGGGCGCGACUCUCAUCCAAGCCUUUCUCGGUGGAUCGCUGUUUUACUCUGCGCCUGAUAACUCAGCUGGUCUUUUCCUGAAAGGCGGUGCUCUGUUCUUCUCAAUUCUGUACAAUUCCUUGUUGGCGUUGUCGGAAGUCACGGAUUCUUUUACGGGAAGACCUAUUCUUGCGAAGCAUCGGUCCUUUGCACUUUAUGACCCAGCGGCUGUUUGCAUCGCACAGGUCGUCGCUGAUUUACCCAUUCUGGCUUUCCAAGUCAUUCAGUUCGGUCUUGUUCUUUAUUUCCUCGUUGGUCUUAAGACUACAGCUAGUGCGUUCUUCACGUAUCUCGUCACCAAUUACGUUACCGCCUUGUCAAUGACGGCGUUCUUCCGCUUCAUCGGCGCUGCGUUUCCAACCUUUGAUGCAGCUACUAAAGUUUCCGGUCUUUCUAUCGUUGCGCUGUUUGUCUACAUGGGAUACAUGAUCAUCAAGCCUGAGAUGCAUCCCUGGCUAUCUUGGAUCUUCUGGAUCAAUCCCAUGGCGUAUGGGUUUGAAGCUCUUCUUGGGAAUGAGUUUCACGAUCAAGAGAUUCCUUGUGUCGGACCGUAUCUCAUUCCCAACGGUCCUGGAUAUGUCGGAGGGAAUGGUGGCCAGGCGUGUUCUGGCGUGGGUGGCGCUGAGACCGGUGCUGCCUUUGUCACAGGCGACGCUUACCUCUCGCACAUGUCAUUCAGUCACAGCCAUAUCUGGCGCAACUUCGGCAUCAACUGCGCUUGGUGGAUUCUCUUCGUUGGCCUCACAAUCUUCUUCACAUCGCGAUGGAAGCAAGUUGGCGAAGGUAGUCGAAACCUCCUCAUUCCUCGGGAACAACAGCACAAGUCCAAACAUCUCUUGCCCUCCAAGGACAGCGAAACACCAACUGAGAAGACGCGCGCUGAGAAUGGAUCAGGCGUGUCAGAUGGGGAGGUUGACACGAACCUCAUGCGCAACAAGAGCAUCUUUACCUGGAAAAACUUGACAUAUACUGUUAAAACCUCAGAUGGUGACCGCGUACUUCUUGAUAACGUGCAGGGCUACGUUAAACCCGGUAUGCUCGGUGCAUUGAUGGGUUCUUCAGGUGCAGGCAAAACAACACUCCUCGAUGUCCUCGCGCAACGAAAAACAGAAGGAUCAAUCCACGGAUCCGUGUUAGUCGACGGACGACCUAUUCCUGUUUCUUUCCAACGAUCAGCUGGGUAUGUCGAGCAAUUGGAUAUCCACGAGCCUUUAGCAACCGUUCGCGAAGCCCUCGAAUUCUCCGCCUUGUUACGCCAGUCUCGCGAUGUACCCACCGAAGAAAAGCUGCGCUAUGUCGAUACCAUCGUUGAUCUCUUGGAGCUAAAUGAUCUCGAACAUACACUUGUCGGUCGCCCUGGAAAUGGCUUGUCAAUUGAACAACGAAAACGUCUCACCAUCGCUGUUGAGUUGGUUGCGAAGCCCAGUAUUCUCAUCUUUCUCGAUGAACCGACAUCUGGACUCGAUGGCCAGGCUGCUUACAACACGGUGCGCUUCCUUCGAAAGCUCUCAGCAGCUGGACAAGCUAUUCUGGUGACAAUUCAUCAACCAUCUGCACAAUUAUUUGCGCAAUUUGAUACGCUGUUGUUGCUUACCAAGGGUGGAAAGACUGUGUAUUUCGGUGAUAUUGGCGACAACGCUGCUACGGUGAAGCAGUAUUUCGGUCGUUACGGCGCUCCAUGUCCACCUGAGGCGAAUCCCGCUGAACACAUGAUCGACGUUGUGUCGGGAGAGGAUGGACCAUAUAAGGAUACAGACUGGAAUCAGGUUUGGCUACAGUCGCCGGAACAUGACCAGCUCACGAAAGACCUGGACCACAUGAUUGAAGCAGCAGCGUCUCAUCCACCAGCUGUCAACGACGACGGUAACGAAUUUGCAGCGUCGAUGUGGACGCAGGUCAAGCUUGUAACGCACCGAAUGAACGUCUCUCUCUUCCGGAACACAGAGUACAUCGACAACAAAUUCGCUAUGCAUGUCAGUCUUGCGCUUCUAAACGGGUUUACGUUCUGGCAGAUUGGUGAUAGUUUGACAGAUCUUCAGCAGAAUCUGUUUACUGUAUUCAACUUUAUCUUUAUUGCGCCGGGUAUCAUCGCCCAGCUUCAGCCUCUCUUCAUUGAUAGAAGGGAUAUUUAUGAAGCCAGGGAGAAGAAGAGCAAGAUGUAUCACUGGGCGCCAUUCGUCACUGGCCUGAUUGUGUCGGAGGUGCCGUAUCUGCUUGUUUGUGCGCUGUUGUAUUACGUUUGCUGGUACUUUACUGCUGGUCUGCCCACUGGUGCCGGACAUGCAGGUAGUGUCUUUUUCGUCGUGGUCAUGUACGAAGGUCUCUAUACUGGCAUUGGUCAGAUGAUUGCAGCAUACACCCCAAACGCGGUCUUUGCGUCUCUCGUCAAUCCUCUGGUCAUCACCACUCUCGUCUCAUUCUGUGGCGUGAUGAUUCCUUACAGUCAGAUUGUACAAUUCUGGCGAUACUGGAUGUACUACAUCGAUCCCUUCAACUACCUUAUGAGUUCGCUCCUCAUGUUCACCACCUGGGACAAGCCAGUCCACUGCAAACCCCACGAACUCGCCAUCUUCGACCCUCCUUCCAACACCACUUGCGCCGACUACCUUUCCGAGUAUCAGAAUGGUAUGGGUAAAGCUACCAACCUCCUUAACCCGGAAGCCAUCGCCUCUUGUCAAGUCUGUCAAUACACGUCGGGCGAGGAUUAUCUUCGAACGCUGAACCUCAAGGAAGAAUACUACGGUUGGAGAAACGCUGGUAUUGUUGUUGUGUUUGUGAUUGGUAUCUACGGGCUCGUCUAUCUUAUGAUGAAGCUUAGGACCAAGGCUACCAAGAAGGCAGAAUCUUAG